AUGGCAUUCGAAGUUGCCCAAGCUCUCAAGCGCUACGGCGCCGUGUGCCCGUUCCUCUCGCACGCGUCCGUGUCGUCGCUCCGCCAGUACUCGACCCAGUCCCUCCGCGGCACCUACACCAACAGGCUCACCGAGCUCGCGAGCACGCGCUGCCCGCUCAUGAGCCAUGCCCUCGCCGAGCGCGGAUUCGCCACCUCUGCCGUCGUCCCCGCCCACCAGCCGCCCGCGACGACCAACCAGGCCACCCCCAAGUCCCCCUCGACGCUCGCUCACUCGCCGUCGCCCGCCGCCCUCGCGCGCGGGUACGCCUCGAUUGCCGAGGUGCAGGAGAAUGCAGUCCGCAGGGCGACCGAGACGAGCCAGGCGCCGCAGCCGGCGUUCGUCAACCCCGCCUCGAUCUCGCGCGACGCUCACUCGCCCAACGAGGUCCACUCCGAAGGUCGCCCGACGUGCGCGCUUGGGUUCGCCAAGCACCGCAUCACGUCGUUUAGACCUGGCUUCGACUACGAGGCGUUCUAUAGCGGCGAGCUGGCGAAGAAGCACCAGGACAAGUCCUACAGGUACUUCAAUAACGUCAACAGGCUCGCCGCCAAGUAUCCGGUCGCUCACACGGCCAACAAGGCCGAUGAAGUGACCGUCCACUGCUCGAACGACUAUUUGGGCAUGGGCCGCCACCCCGUCACGCUCAAGGCGAUCCACGAGACGCUCGACACGUACGGCGCCGGCGCGGGCGGGACGCGCAACAUUGCCGGCAACGGCGCGAUGCACCUCGCGCUCGAGGCGGAGCUGGCCUCGCUGCACCAGAAGCCGGCUGCGCUCGUGUUCAGCUCGUGCUACGUCGCCAACGUCGAGACGCUCUCGACGCUCGGGUCCAAGCUGCCCGGCUGCGUCAUCCUCUCGGACGAGAUGAACCACGCGUCGAUGAUCCAGGGGAUCCGCCACUCGCGCGCGCAAAAGAUGAUCUUCAAGCACAACGACCUCGUCGACCUCGAGAACAGACUCAAGGCGCUCCCGCUCGAGACGCCCAAGAUCAUCGCGUUCGAGAGCGUCUACUCGAUGUCGGGCACGGUCGGCCCGAUCAAGGAGAUUUGCGACCUCGCCGAAAAGUACGGAGCUAUCACGUUCCUCGACGAGGUGCAUGCCGUCGGGAUGUACGGGCCGACCGGCGCAGGCGUUGCCGAGCACCUCGACUUUUACGCCAACGCCCGCGGCGGCGAGCAGGGCUCGGUCAUGGACCGCGUCGACAUCAUCACCGGCACGCUCGGUAAGGCCUACGGCGUCGUCGGCGGGUACAUUGCCGGCAGCGCGCAGUUUGUCGACAUGGUGCGCUCGUACGCGCCCGGGUUCAUCUUCACGACGUCGAUCCCGCCUUCGACGGCUGCCGGUGCUCGCGCCGCGAUCGCGUACCAGAAGGAGCAUCUCGGCGACCGCCAGCUGCAGCAGCGCAACGUCGCUCGCGUCAAGCGCGACUUGACUGCGAUCGGGAUCCCGGUCAUCCCGAACCCGUCGCACAUCGUGCCGCUCCUCGUCGGCGACGCGGACCUCGCCAAGCAGGCGUCCGACUUGCUCCUGACCAAGCACAAGCUGUACAUCCAGUCGAUCAAUUUCCCGACCGUCUCGCGCGGCGAGGAACGCCUCCGCAUCACGCCGUCGCCGCUGCACACGGACGCGCAGCUCAAGGAGCUCGUCGCCGCGCUCGACAGCGUGUGGAACGAGCUUGGUCUCAAGCGUACGAGCGAGUGGGAGGCCCAGGGCGGGAGGUGCGGCGUUGGAGCCAAGGAGCCCAAGGAGGUCGUCAACCUCUGGACCGAGGACCUCCUCGCGCUCAAGGACGUCGAUGACGCCCGCGACAAGGCCGUCGCCAUGCAGCACGCCGCUCCGUUCGCCCAGGCCGACGACGCUGUCAAGUCCAAGGUCGCCGCCUCUGCCUCUGCCUGA